UGACCAUGAAUCCUAUCAAAUUCAACCCCUCUCCCUUCUUGGACUUGUCUCCCCUUUUGCUUACCGUCCUUUUAUCUCUCAUUCAGUCUGGACAUGAACACCUUCAAAAAGGUCUUUAGACCCAAGCCUACUACAAAUGAUAACGUUGCGUUACCUUCUGACAAAGAAAAACGACGUCGACGAUUCUCUUUCCUUACCAAAUCACCUUCCACAUUUGAUACUUCAGCACGGUCCGCGUCGCAAUCUUGUUCCUUAAUAGACGAACAACCAGCAGGAAAACCACCGUUCAUUUCCACCACAUUUUUGAACAACUUUUCACAGAAUGGAACGCCUCGAAGUCGUUCCUUUUUCGGACCCAGGUCAGCUCAAAGUUCUCAUACAUUUAGCACUCAGUCGAGCGAAUCCACCACUCCUACCACCAGCAGAGGCUCUUUUGCCUAUGCCGACUCGGGUCACUCGGCGGCAUUUUCCUUGCCCACCGCUCCCGCCGCCGCAGCCACCAUUUCAAUCUCAGACAGUCGAUCCAUGCUCUCCAUAGAUGAUGGCGAUAGUUUAUUAAAGCCAGCCGAAAGUUCCAUUCGAUCACAUGGCAAAAGUCAUGCAUCCACAGCAAGCCAAACUCACGGCGUAAAAUUAGUGGACCAAGAUCAAUACCUGCAGCUGGGAAUGCAAUACCAUGAACGUGGUGAAUUAGAGAAAGCCACGCAUUACUGGCGAUUAUCGGCGGAAAAUGAAUCUCCUUUGGGUUUGUUCUUUUUCGGUAUAGCAUUGCGCCAUGGUUGGGGCUGCAAAAAAAAUCCUGCUAUUGCCGUUCGCCAUUUACAGAAAGCCGCCGAAUGCGCUGUUUUUGACCUUCAAACAGGGAUUGCCAAAUCGGUAAUGGUAGCGAGGUCCGAGUUAGUCUUGGCCAUCUAUGAACUCGGUGUCUGCUUUCGACAUGGAUGGGGGGUACCGAAGAAUUUCUCGACAGCCGCCUAUUAUUUCCAGAUAGCGGCUAACCUAGGUGAUCCCGAUGCUCAAAAUGACCUGGCUUUUUGUUACAUGCAUGGCCAUGGUGUCAAGAAGGACAUCCACAAGGCCGCCAAAUAUUAUCGCAUGGCAGAUCAACAAGGACAAGGCUUGGUGGGAAAUUCCUGGAUUUGGAAGUCAAAAUAUGAUCUCGUGGAUGACUACGAUCCCAAUAGAUCAAGCACCUCACUACCCUCGAAAGCCUCCAUCAAUAGUACCAAAUAAGGGACGACUCUCCUCGGUUGUUGUUUUUCUUCUUCUUUUUUUUUGCAAGUCAUAAGCUUACUGUUUUUAUUCCAUACUGUUCCAUUCCCUUUAAUCCUUAAUCUAUUUUUCUUGUUACUUUUCUAUGAUGGUUUUCAUUUUUUAUUUCUGUGCUUCAUUCCCCUUUAACUUUUUGACAGAAUAGAUCAAAAAUAUUUAAAAAUUGGUCCUAGCAAGACCAAUUGUAACUAUCAUUCUCAAUAGAGAUUAAAAAGAAAACAUAAACCCGA